AUGACGGUUGCCAGUUCCCGCGGUCGGUUGAUUGCUGUUAUUGGUGAUGAAGAUACGUGUACCGGUUUUUUGCUAGGUGGAAUCGGGGAACUUGAUAGAAACCGUCGCCCUAACUUUUUAGCUGUAGACAAGGACACACCUCUGAGUGAAAUCGAAAACGCUUUUACUUCGUUUCUGUCUCGUGAAGAUAUUGCGAUUAUUCUGAUCGUCCAGAAUGUGGCAGAAAUGAUCAGGCAUCUUAUCGAUGCAUAUACGGAACCAAUUCCAGCCGUCCUUGAAAUUCCAAGCAAGGAUAAGCCUUAUGACGCUAGCAAGGACUCAGUUCUGAAACGGGCGAAAGGAAUGUUUUCGACAGAGGACUUUCGCUAG